UGGACCUCGCCGCGACCCACCUGAGCCCGUGGUUGCACGGCCCGGGUGGGCGAGCCUGCCAGCACUGCCCCGGCACAGGGGACCAUGGCCACGGAUUCCUGGGCCCUAGCGGUGGAUGAGCAGGAAGCCGCGGCUGAGUCGUUGAGCAACUUGCAUCUUAAGGAAGAGAAAAUCAAACCAGAUGCCAAUGGUGCUGUUAAAACCAACGCUCAUACAGAGAAAACAGACGAAGAGGAGAAAGAGGACAGAGCUGCUCAGUCUUUGCUCAACAAGCUGAUCAGAAGCAAUCUUGUGGAUAACACCAACCAAGUAGAAGUCCUGCAGAGAGACCCAAGCUCGCCUCUCUACUCAGUGAAGUCUUUCGAAGAGCUUCGUCUGAAACCACAGCUUCUCCAGGGAGUCUAUGCUAUGGGUUUCAACCGCCCAUCCAAAAUACAAGAGAAUGCAUUGCCUUUGAUGCUUGCUGAACCUCCACAGAACUUAAUUGCCCAGUCUCAGUCUGGUACUGGUAAAACAGCUGCCUUUGUGUUGGCCAUGCUCAGCCAAGUAGAGCCAACAAACAGAUAUCCACAGUACCUAAAGAAAAUGUGUCUUUCCACAGUGGACAGAGGUCAGAAGGUCAGUGAGCAGAUUGUCAUUGGCACCCCCGGGACCGUCCUGGACUGGUGCUCCAAGCUGAAGUUCAUUGACCCCAAGAAGAUCAAGGUGUUUGUUCUGGACGAGGCUGAUGUGAUGAUAGCUACUCAAGGCCACCAAGACCAGAGCAUCCGCAUCCAGAGGAUGCUGCCCAGAAACUGCCAGAUGCUGCUCUUCUCUGCCACCUUUGAAGACUCAGUGUGGAAGUUUGCCCAGAAGGUGGUCCCAGACCCCAACAUCAUCAAACUUAAGCGUGAAGAGGAGACGUUGGACACCAUCAAACAGUAUUAUGUCGUUUGCAAUAACAGAGAGGAGAAGUUCCAGGCCCUGUGCAACCUGUACGGGGCCAUCACCAUCGCCCAAGCCAUGAUCUUCUGUCAUACCCGCAAAACAGCUAGCUGGCUGGCAGCGGAGCUCUCCAAGGAGGGCCACCAGGUGGCUCUGCUGAGUGGGGAGAUGAUGGUGGAGCAGAGGGCAGCUGUGAUUGAGCGCUUCCGAGAAGGCAAAGAGAAGGUCCUGGUGACCACCAACGUGUGUGCCCGUGGUAUUGAUGUUGAACAAGUGUCUGUCGUCAUCAAUUUUGACCUUCCUGUGGACAAGGACGGGAACCCGGACAACGAGACCUACCUGCACCGCAUCGGGCGCACGGGCCGCUUUGGCAAGAGGGGUCUGGCUGUAAACAUGGUUGACAGCAAGCACAGCAUGAAUAUCCUCAACAGAAUCCAGGAGCAUUUUAAUAAGAAGAUAGAAAGAUUGGACACAGAUGAUUUGGAUGAGAUCGAGAAAAUAGCCAACUGAGAAGCUUCACCAGCAACUGGCACCACCCUCAGCACUGUCUCUGCCUGAGAGCGUGGAGCUUUCAUGGCAUAAGGCAUGUCAAAAACCAAGGCCUGAGUAGAGACUACCUACCUCAUUCAGAAUUACGUUUGGACUUGACAGAAAUUUGUGCAAAUGAUGGGGGAUGGUAGAAAAUUUGUUUACACAACUUUGGAAGAUUAGGCAUGAAUACACAGAAAUUUACCUUUUAGAAGUUCCGUCAUUUUAUUUUUUGUCCAGUGUUUUCUCAUCAUUACCUAAUCUCGAUAAAAUGCCCAGAAUUCCUUAUGACAAACCUUAGCUGUUCUUUGACUUCAAGUGUGCAGGCCAGCCUUGUGGAAGUGAGAGCACACAGACUCAGAAUCCCCAAGUAGGAUUUGUAUGUAAGCCAGUCCUGGUGCCAGGAGGAUGGCUGGAGGAGUUGGCCCAUGAGCUGCUGCUUAGGAAUUGUGUGCAGUGGCUAAGCUGAGUUACCAGAGCCCUGCUAACUCGUUCCACAAAGAGAUUUACUAUGUUGGACCAAAAUGCCUUUGAGGCCUUUCUAUUUCGGUUCGUGCCUCAGAGCAUGCUCAGCAGGUAGCAAUCUGUGCAGUACAGAUCUAGUUAUUAGUGGGCUCUGAAAGACCCAUGGAGAAGUCAUCUCAGAGACUUAGUCGUAGCUCUAGCUUGCCACAAAGCCUGCGUCAUGGGAUACUUGCACCGUCGUUUUUAAAUUCGCAACAUCACCUUAACUCUUACUAGUGCCAGACAAAUGAAAGGUUGCUUGAUAUUUGGAAACUCAGUGAAUACUUUGUCUUCAAGUUUCUGAUGGGCAGGCUCAAUCUAAACAGGUCUAGAAUGGUCAGCAGUUGCCAGACAUUCUUGCUGUGCAUGCAGUUCCUUAAAGGUAGUUCUGUCAGAGGUAGGGAAUGGCUCCAGACUUGUGCAUCUUGAUUCUAAAGGGAUUCCGAUUAUCUGUGUUUACUGUGCCUGGAAGGGAUACAGAGCAGUGUGAUGAGGGACAGCAUGGACCACAGCUAUUUAUCUGUCCAAGACAAGAAUGAUCACCAAGCAUUUGCUCCUUUCUUACUUGGCACCUGUGAGUAGUGUAGUCACAGCAAACGGUAGCCGUGGAGAGGUCCUCAUGCCGGGCUCAGCUGUAGGUGCCCGUAAAGUGACAGCAGCAGAGCUGAGAUGAGCCAGAAGCAUCCUCUUCAGUUCUUAGACUUGGACGUGGAGUGAUUCCUCUUUCUAGGACUUUUUUUCAUGUAUGUGUUGUGCUGGGACUCAAACCCAGAGUCUUCCAUAUGCUAGGUAAGCACUUUACACUGAACUGUUAUUACCCCCAGCCACGGAAGAGGUGGUUUCUCUGUUCCUGUAUCUUAAGGCCAGCUCUAUCACCUGGGAAAGGGAGUGGUUUGCCUAAUGUCACAGAGAGACCAGCAGACUGCCUGGUCAGCUACUUCCUCUUAACGGGCAUUUGACUGAUUAGAAUUCUUUGUAUGCUCCUGGCCAACUUUGAUCUUUCUUAGGAGUCUUAAGAGAAGAAAUUUUUUGUUCUCCCUAAAUACUGUGAACCAAACCUGAAAUAACUAAAACCAAGGGUAUAACUGAUGAAGUAUAUAGACUCUUGCCAAGUCUGAAGAGGAUGGGGAAGGUAUGCAGCAGACUCUCUAGUGGCUUCUGGUGGAAGUGUAGCUCAGCCAUUCUUAACCUAGUGUCUUGGACCUCUGAAAAUUCCCUGACUGGGUUUCAUGAUGUCUGUGAAGUAUAUGUGUUAGUUUGAGCUUAAGUAAUUUCUUGGGAGGACUCCAGAAGGAUUUUACACCUUUUAAAAAGGUAAGACCCAAGAUUGUGGGUGACUCUGAAAUGUCACUGAUGUCCCUGUGGGCCAUAUUCCUUCACAGCCUGUACUCAUUCCUGCCACUUCCUGUACCCCAGGGCCAGCUUAGAGCUCUCAGGAGUCCAAGACUGAAUUGAGCUUGCUGAGCCUUAGGCCCCGGGAUUCUUUGACGGAUUUCAAGAAAAAGCUACGUGUUUAUGAAAUGAUAAACUGAACCCAGGAACAAAGAAACUCAGGGAAAGAAGAGAGUAGCUCAGGGAAGAAAUGUUUUUGUCUAAUGAAAAGUUUUGUGAUGUUUAUUUUUCAUAAUAGGUUUUAAUGGAUUUUUGAUUUUUGCUUCAAACUCACUUUCCUGCCUCAGUGUUGCAUGCUAGAAUUAUGGGUGUCACCAUCAUACCAGACUGGGGUAUUUGUUCUGAGUAGCAUUUAUUGAUUGUAUGUAUAAGAACUAAUCAGUUAUUGAGACAUAGUCUUUUGUUUAUUUGGUUUUUUUUUCUGUUUGUUUUUUGAGACAGAGUUUCUCAGUAGCUCUGGAUAUUGCUCUGUAAUAGACCAGACUGGCUUCAAACUCAGCCUCUGCCUCCCAAGUGCUGGGUUAAAAGUGAGACGUAGUUCUUACUGAUGUUAUGAAGUGUUCAUGUUACUAAGACAUUAAUGAUUAUAGAAGGAUGUAGCAUCUUGUGCUUGAUGGUAUUAAGUCACGUGUUAUACCUUAGGGUAAGUAUUACCUAGUUAGUCUGUUUCAAUUGGUACUGCUCUAACAUGAGUAACUGGGAAACCUCCAUAGACCCAGGAUUCUGCCCACUUGGCAGAGGUGUGCAAACAUACACCUCCUGCCUCGCUGCAGUAAAACAGGCUAACCAUCCAGAAAAAGACCACUGCCGGUAAAUUCAGUUUGUAGAUCCAUCCUCCUAAUCUUGGAAAAGAAAAGGAUAUAUAAAUAGGGCAAUAGAUCUUAGAGACCAAGAGUGAUGGUCCACACCUGUCAGUCCAGCAUUACCAAAGCUGAGGCAAGAGGGAUUAGAGCUUGAAGUCUGGUUAGCCUGGCCUGUCUCAAAACAAAAUGAAACAAACAAAAAAAACCAGGCAGAACAUGGUGGUUCAUGCUUGUGAUAUGAAAGCAGGAAGUUCCGGAGUUUAAGGCCAGCCUAAGCUACAAGAGGCUGGGUAGUAGCGUGCAGCCUGGAGAUCUUUCCCCCUUUAUCAUUGACUCCCAGCCCAGGACAUAAGACUAAAGCUUAGAAUGGUGGGGCAUGGCUGAGAUUCCAGAGUUCAGGAAGUGAUAGGAAGAUGAGGAGUGCAGGGUCCUCCAGCUGCAAAGAGAAGCGAGGCCAGCCUGGUCUCCAUGAGGCCCUGUCUCAACACAAAGACAUUUUGACUCCAAAGUCAAGUUGACAAGACUGAAGGAGAUAUACUAGGAAGACAAAGAGAGCUCAACCUGGCCGAGAGGAAAGUCAAGGUUCACAGGACAAAAUGGUCAUUUUUUCCUGUGUCUGAGAGAGAGGGGGUCUGACUAUUAAACACAGACUGGCCUGAAAAUCAAAGCAGUCCAGAGUCGUGGGAUUCUAGGUAGGAACUACCAAGACCCAGUGAUUAGACUGCGUCAUAGCCCACUAUCCUGCAGUGACAGAAUGAAUAGCCAGGCCUGGGUAGUCUGAAGAGCAGACGCAGCUGGGAAGCAGGUCUGAAGACUGAGUCGUCAACGUUCAGAAAUUCUUAAACCACAGAUGUAAUGAAAUCGGCUUUCUGUUGGAGAGACUGUACUGACUGCCUCCUUUGCCCAUACCACCCAAGGUAAUGAAGAUUUAAGGGAUCUUCAAGUUUCUCCAGAUUCUUGGGAACACCUUGCAAUUUUAUCUGACUUUGUUCCUCUGCCUGAGAAUAAAUAUUCUGUAUUCUGUU